AUGUUACGUUUAUCUUACUUCCCCCUAACCUGGAAAUUUUCCGAAAUUAUACUAAUUCCAAAACCCAACAAGCCUCCAGAUAAAGUUACAUCAUAUCGACCCAUAAGCCUAUUACCAACUCUAUCAAAAGUAUUCGAAAAGAUCUUACUAAAAAGACUCAUUCCUCUUGCUAUCUUAGCUAACAUUAUCCCAGAUACACAAUUCGGUUUCAGACCGAACCACUCAACGAUCCAUCAACUUCACAGAGUAGUCGACACUAUAUCUUCGUCACUAGAAAAAAAACAUUACUGUGCUGCCGUCUUCCUGGACGUAGCACAAGUGUUCGAUAGAGUCUGGUUCGAAGGCUUACUGUUCAAACUAAAAAAAUUUCUGCCUGCGCCUUAUUACUUACUUAUAAAAUCGUACCUUAGUGACCGUACUUUCAUCGUACGACAGAAUUCAUGUUACUCAAACUACUUUGACAUUCUCGCCGGAGUUCCCCAAGGUAGCGAUAUUGCCCCCUUUCUAUAUAAUAUAUUCACUCAUGACAUUCCCAAAACCUCCUACACUGAACUCGGUUCCUACGCGGACGACACGGCAAUUUUAGCAACGAAUGAAAAUCUCAUUAUAGCCUCAAAUAUGUUACAAAGACACCUCAAUAUUAUACACCUCUGGACAAAGAGGUGGAAAAUCAAAAUCAACGAAACCAAGUCCUCCUUCAUAACAUUUACCUUAAAUAAAAAAACUUGUCCUCAAAUUACAAUGAACAACAUUCCAAUCCCUAUUUACACACAAAUAAAAUACCUCGGUCUUACCCUUGACAGUAAACUAACCUGGAAUCCUCACAUAGUUGAUAAACGAAAAGCCCUUAAUUCCCGUCUACACCUCCUAAGACCAUUAUUAUGA